AUUGAACAAUAGCUUCUUGCUAUCUAGUCUUGAUAGAAAAACACCCAACCUGAUUUUUUAUGAUUUUCUUUUUUUUUGAGAGAAGGCAAUAAUAAUUUUGUUUAAUUAUUGUUGUUUUCCACUUAUGUUCACAUAAAAGGUGUGAAGCAAUGUCUACUUAUCCAAGAACUUACGACUUCAUUCAUGCUGAUUCGGUUUUUAGUUUCUAUGACAACAAGUGCGAAAUGGAAGAUAUUUUGCUGGAGAUGGACAGAAUAUUGAGACCUGAAGGCGGUGUGAUAUUCCGAGACGAUGUGGAUACGUUGGUGAAGAUCAAAAAGAUAACUGAUGGACUGAAUUGGGAUAGUCAGAUUGUUGAUCAUGAAGACGGACCAUAUCAGAGGGAAAAACUCUUAUUUGCUGUUAAGGUGUAUGGGACAGCUCCUAGUUCUGAUCAAAAUUCCUCAACAUGAAAAACAUUUCUGCUUAAUUUGUUUUUCUUAAUUUUUUCCCUUUUUUUUAUUAGCUUUAUUAAUUACAUUUUUUACUAGUAUUUGUUAAAUGCAAGUUCGUCCACGGAAGCAGAUCAAGACGUACCAAGAUGUAUGAAGAUGAAUUGAGCCAAUAAAUAUCCUUCAAGUAAUUUCGGCGGAAAAUGAUUUCAUCACCCCUUGGUUUAAUUAAUUGUACACAUCGAC